AUGGAUGGUCAGAUGAAUGCGGAUAAAACUGUCGACGGCAAGACGCAGUACUCUGCGGAGGAAGUGAAUCAUGUGAUCUUCGGCCAGAGUGCUCAGAGCAUUCAAAGCACUCAGAGCCAUGUAAAGGAAGACGGGAACGCGAUUUUGAUGCAGACAUUACUCAAACAGAAUGAGUUACUAAUGAGAAUGUUAGCGAUAAAGGAGAAACCGCCAGAGGAGGUAUACGCUCCACCGGACUUGUCGAAAGUACUACCAACGUUUGAUGGUAAGUGUAAGCCCCAUGAAGCGGCGGAUUGGUUGAGCACGCUCUGUGGAGUGGCGUCAUUACAUCGUUGGUCGGAUGCACUCAAGUUGGAGGCGGCGAGAGUAAACGUGGAUGGUCCAGCCCGCCAAUGGUAUAUUGGGCGAAGAUUCAAGUCAUGGGCAGAAUUUGAACAGCAGUUUAAAGCAACGUUCUUCAGAAAGGUUAACACGGGCAGUCGAUGGAAGGCAUUGGCAGCGCGGGUACAAGGUAAAAACGAAAGUAUUCUAGACUACUUCCACGAAAAGGUUCGACUUUGUCGAGAUUUGGAAUUAGAUUUGUUUGAUACCAAGGAACAGUUAUUAGACGGUUGUUGUUGUCUUGUACGUACGUGGGACGCACGUUGUUCCGUACUGACUGAAUUAUUAUGUACCUAUGUGUAUCGAAGUUAUUUGAAAGUAAUAAAUUGUUCUAAAUGA